AUUAGCUCUGGCAAGCGUAAAUAGUGCUCCAGCAUAUAGCCAUCUCAAGUGUUUUGGGAUUUGGCAGUUCAACACUUCAGAUAUGGUACAUGUGAAGGAGACGCCUUUCCCCUUUUAGCUACUUCCGACUUCUCGCCGCAUUCUGGACGCGACUUCACCGUGUGGUGCCCUUCACCACAGCCAGACAUGCACCCUCAUCUCACCACUACACCACCCACCGCUCCACCGCAACCGUCUGAACCCCGUCAUUGCCUUGACGGACUACAGCAGCACUCCCGCCGCAUAGUCGCCCUCCACCGCGCCUGAACACGGCCAAACGCGUCGCCUCACUCUCACCAUGCCCGCCAAACGACGCGCCGACGACAUGGACGUCGACGAGCCCGUCCAAGGGCCCAGCACACUGCAGCAGCUGCGCGACAUGUGGCAGUUCUCCAACCUGGCCCAGUACAUGAAUAUAUUCGGCGACGCCGUUAAGAUCGAUAGGGACUUGGACAUCGAGGAGCUGGAAUCGGAAUGUCUGAAGCCUCAGCCUUCGGAGAAACUGGCGCAGAUUGGCCUGGCGCUCCUGAAGCAUGUGUCGUCACACAAGGGCCUCACACCCGAGAUAUUCGACGAAUACACACGUCGCCAAUUCGUCGCAAAGGCCCCCACACGCAACCCCUUCGGCACCGACGAAGAACCCAACAAGUUCGAUGACCUGGACGUCUUCACCAAGAUACGUGUGCUGCAACAGCUCUCCACAUGGACACUGAACAACCCCAACACGAUACGCGAGAAGCUGGCGGCUACAGAUAGCGAGCAGACGCUUUGGCGCAUGGAGCCUACUGGAUGGGACUCACAAGACAGGACGCUGUUUGUGUUGGACGAUAACCGAAUGUACCGCCUGACUGACGCACCGCCUCCACCACCACCACAAAAGGCAAAACCAAAAGCAAAGUCGAGAAAGUCCAAAGGGUCGAGAACUAGCAAGCGGCAGAAACAGACGCCAGAAUUCGAGGAACAAGCCGAAGAUGAGGAAGCGGCUCGGGAACAGCCAGUUGAAGAAUCUCAGGAUGAUGGGCUUGGAGGCUCGAAAUGGGAGUGUAUCUGUGUCACCCUGGAAGAUUAUCAGGACUAUAUGAACGCUAUUCGAAAGAGUCGCGAUCCAAACGAGAAGAUUUUGUACAAACGCCUAGCAGACGAGGUUAUUCCGGUUAUGGAGGGUCUGGCAGACGAACAAGCACGGAAACACGCUCGCAAGCAAAAAGAGCUCGAGAAUAUGCAGAAACUGGCCAUGGCGAAGCGCUCUUCCAGGAUUUCAUCCAGGCUCGAGAAGCAAAAGGAGGUGGAGGAGGCGGAUGCUGCCGAGCGCAGGAGACGAGAGGAACUCGCCAUGGCCAAGGCUGAGCAAGAGAAGCAGAAGAAGCUUGAAGAAGCGCAUGAUUCACGCAGAAUGACUCGAGAGCAACGUCUUCGCGAGCGCGAAACCGCCAAGGUCCUUAAAGAAGAAGAACUGCGCAAACUGCAGCAAGACGAGCAAAAGCUGGCGACCAACGACGCCAGGCUAUCAGAACGGCACCUCAAGGCUAUGAUGAAACAGCAUGAGAGCGAUCUCAAGAAACUCAACGAAGAGGAAGACUGGUUCUUCGACUGCGAAAAGUGUGGUACCUAUGGCUCUAACCUUAACGACAAAACACCUCAAAUCUCGUGUGAGAGGUGCAGUGUAUGGCAGCAUGUGAAGUGUCAUGGCAUCUCCGAGAGCGAUGUUGAUGAUCCCAAGUUCAUCUUUGUCUGCUCUUCAUGCAAGCGUAAAGAAGACGAAGCCGACCAACCAAAACUCCCAUCUCUAAAACUGCGACUCACCUCUGCGUCGCCUGCCACAGGGAACGGGAUACAAGCGAGUACAUCAGCAGCUCCUCGCCGGCUAGAUUCCAUCCGGAUACCACCACCACAGCCAUCUCUUCCGCAACCCCAUCACCAACAAGCACAACCCUGGGUAGACGGACCCAGUCUCUCUCCACGCGGCCAAGCCCUCGGACCGCCUGGCAUCCAGCGCUCCGAAGCCGCCUACGGGUCACCCUACAACAACGCAAACGGAAGUUCAUCCCCCGUCCGCCCCGUAGGAAGUUUCUCCAUGCCAAGCGCCAGCUUCCCGACAUCCUCCCCACCCCCCUUCCCCAUCUCGCACCCGCCUGCCAGCCCAACAAAAAGCCUCAACCUCUCUCACCAAAAGCCAAACAACCCCUCCUCCUCCUUCAACGCCUCGAACCCCUUCGGCCCCUCACUAACCUCACCCUUCAACCGCCCCCCCUCCUCCACAACCGCAAACGCAAACAUCUCCCCCACAAAACACUCCCCAGCCACAUCCCCCCGCCCCCCCUCCACCCUCCCAAUAAUCUACAACUUCAACUCCCCCCACUCCUCCUUCCCCCCCUCCUCCGCCCACCGCCCCUCCUUCUCCCCCACGAAAAACUCCUCCCCCGCUCUCCGGCCCACACACAUGUCCUCCCCGGCCCCCGCGCCAAUGCGCAUCGCGCCCUCGCCCUCGUCGCAGAUGCCCGCGCAGGUUCUUCCCGACCCGAUCCCUGCGCCGUCGAAACAUGAUGGGAGACGGGCGGUGGCGAGCCAUGAGGUUUCGGAGACGCAGGUUUUUCCUCCUGUCAGGAUGUUGAAUCCGAGUUCGGUUCCGGUGGUUAUGAGUCCGCCGGUUAAGAAGGAGAGUCCUGUUCCUGAACGGGUUGGGAGGGGGGUUGGGGGGGCGAGGUGA